AUGCAGUCGAUCACCGUGGCGGCGAACGAUGAGGCGGCCGGGGCCAAAUGGCUGAAACACUACUCCUCGGCGCAGAGCAUACUGGUCGUCGGAGACGGGGACUUUUCCUUCUCGCUCUCGCUCGCCACCGCCUUCGGCUCCGGCGACAACCUCGUUGCCACGUCCCUCGACACCUACGUUCUUCUAAAUUUCUGGACAGCGGAUCUGGGUAUCAAGUACGGCAACGCGCUGUCUAAUGUAUCGGAGCUGGAGAGGAUGGGCGCCACGGUUAUGCACGGCGUGGACGUGACACAAAUGGAUCCUCCCCGCGAUCUGCUCCUGAGAUUGUUUGAUCGGAUCGUCUUCAAUUUGCCUCACGCCGGGUUCAAUGGGCGCGAGGACAACAAGGUUAUGAUCAGCUUGCAUCAGGAGCUGGUGAGAGGCUUCUUCCGCUGGGCGCGAGGCAGGAUCUGGCCUGACGGCGAGAUCCACGUCACCCACAAGACCAAGCAUCCCUACUGGAUUUGGGACAUCGAGAAGCUAGCCUCCGACUCCUCGCUCGCAUUGAUCGACAAAGUUCCGUUUGAUAAAAAGGACUACCCAGGUUAUAACCAGAAGAGAGGAGAUGGCUGGAGGUGCGAUCAAGACUUCCCUAUAGAGGACUGCUGCACCUUCAAGUUCGGCGUCCAACAAAAAUCGGCAACCAUCGAUUUCUCUUCUUUUUUCUACACCGGCCUCUGA